AAGCCCGGCAAGGAACAGCUGUGCCGCAUUGACAACAAAAACAGAAUUUGCAAAAUAACUUUAACAAAUGGCCACGUUUAAGCCGAAAUUCCUUAAACCCGACACAGAUGACUCAAUUUCGGAUAGCGUGGGCAGCGACCAGCAGUCCUCAGCCUUUGUUUUCAAUGCAAAUCAUAAUCUGGGCCUGGUGGAACAGCGCGAACGCUUGCCCAUUCGACAGUACAGAGAUCAAAUUCUGUACUGCAUGGAGAAGCAUCAGGUUGUGAUACUGGUGGGCGAAACGGGCAGCGGCAAGAGCACCCAAGUGCCGCAGUACCUCUACGAAUGGGGCUGGCAUUCCAAGGGCCUCAUUGGCGUCACUGAGCCGAGGCGCGUGUCAACAGUUACACUCGCCAACAGAGUGGCAGAGGAACGCGGCGAGCUGGUGGGCGACACUGUGGGCUAUGUGGUGCGCUUCCUUGAGCGCAUGACGGCAGAGACCAAGAUCAAAUUCAUGACGGAGGGCAUACUGCUGCGCGAGCUGCUGGCCGAUCCGCUGCUCACCCAGUACGGCGUCAUCAUUGUGGACGAGGCACACGAGCGCAAUAUGCUGACGGACAUGGUGCUGGGGCUGCUCAAGAAGAUCCUGCGCAAACGCAGCAGCCUGAAGCUCAUCAUCUCCUCGGCCACCAUAGAUGCUGGCUUCUUCAGCGAGUUCUUCAGCUGGCCGCGGAGCGAUGGCGAGGUUAGCGUCAAGCUGAGCAUCGAGGGGCGCAUGCACGCGGUGAGCAACUUCUACCUGAACGAGCCCUGUGCCGACUACGUCAAGGAAACAGUGGAGACGGUGUGGAAGCUGCAUCAGAAGGAGCCACCUGGAGACAUACUCGCCUUUCUCACGGGCCAGGAGGAGGUGCUGGAGGCGCUGGAUCUGCUGCGCGAAUACAUUGCCAGCUCGGAGCAGCAGAAUCUCAAAGUGCUGCCCAUGUACGGCAGCAUGACGAGCACCGAUCAGUUGGCCGUCUUCUUCACCCCACCCAAGGGCGUGCGCAAGGUUGUGCUGGCCACAAACAUAGCCGAAACAUCCAUCACCAUUCCAGGCAUUGUCUACGUCAUCGAUUGUGGCUAUGUGAAGGUGAAGUGGUACAAUCCGGCCACCUGCAGCGACAGCCUCGUCGUCGUGCCUGUCAGCAAGGCUUCGGCGGUGCAGCGUGCUGGCAGGGCAGGCCGCAUGCGUCCCGGCAAGGUUUACCGUCUCUACACAAAGCAGGACUACGAUUCACUGGAGCCGCGACAGCCGCCCGAGAUGCGACGCAGCGAAAUGAGCGGCGCUGUGCUGCAGCUGAAGGCCUUGGGCAUUGGCAACAUUCUGCGCUUUGACUUUCCAUCGCCACCGCCAGCGCAGAAUCUGCUCUCAGCUCUGGAGACACUCUACGCGCUGGAUGCCAUCGAUGAGGAGGGUCAACUGACCAAACCCGUGGGCUAUCUGCUGGCCGAGUUGCCCUUCAGUGCCAUGCUCUCAAAGAUGCUGUACAUUGCCGGGAAGAUGGGCUGCUCCGAGGAGAUAAUCACAAUUAUAGCCAUGCUGCAGGUGCAGUCGGUGUUCUCCCGCCCCGUCUCUGCGGUCGCACAGCAGGGCGGACGCAUUGCCCAUCGUCAUUUCCAGGUGGCAGAGGGAGACUUCAUUACGCUGCUCAAUGUCUACACCGCCUUCGUGGAGGAGGGCAUGACGAAAGAGUUUUGCGGCCAGUAUUACCUCAUCUACAGGAAUCUGAAGCGCGCACACGAGCUGCGGGAGCAGCUGCUGACGCUGGCGCGCAAGAAGUACGGCAUUCCGAUCUUCUCCUGCAAGGGCGAUGUGGAAAUGCUGUGCAAAUGCAUCACCGCUGGCUUCUUCACCCAAGUGGCCUACCUGCACCACUCGGGCGUCUAUCGGCAAAUCAGCAGCGGCACGGAAUUGGCGGUGCAUCCCAACUCCACGCUCUACACGCUGCCGCAAGCGCAGUACGUGGUGUACGGGGAGCUGCUGCAGACCACCAGAAUCUUCAUGAACCACCUGACUGUGAUCAAGCGCGAGUGGCUGACGGAGCUGGCGCCGCACUACUACCAGCAGACCACAGUGCGGGACUAAGAGGGAGCCACAGGCUGAUAAAAGACUUAAGCUAAAAGGAUUUCCCAAUUGUAACUCGUAUCGGAGGUGUCCAGACUAGCCAGCAGCCACACGUCCACGUCCUUGGAACAUCAUCAUGGACUCGGG